AUGGCAUCCACAAACACCAUUAAUAAUGGAAUUGCCGAUGAUUCGUCAAAUCCUGUUGCAUCUUACACGGUAUCCGACUUAUUGACAAAAACUUCAUCGUUGGUGGAUACGUGUGAUUACGAAUUAGCUUUGCAAUUCGCUAGACGGGCAUUGAGCAUGGAUGAUAAAAAUGUCGGUGUUUUGGAGAUUCUGGGAACGGUGGAAAUUGAAAUGGGAAUGCUCGACGAAGCUAAAGAG